GGAGAUCAGACUUAGAGCUGUCUGGAAGAAGGCCCACAGCUGUUGGAAAGUACAGAAGAGAAGGGUCUCCACUGAAGCCCUAGGAAGAAAGAAGGUGUGAACAAGAUGGACUUCAACAUCUCUCUUCUCAUGAAUAUGUCUGCAGGGAACCCCAUGAAUAUGUCUGCAAGGACCCAGUCAGUAUCUGCAGGUCAUAUUGCUCUGAAUGUCUUCUCAUAUUUGAUGUUUGCAGUCACCUUUGUCCUUGGCGUGCUGGGCAACGGGCUCGUGAUCUGGGUAGCCGGCUUCCGCAUGGUACGCACAGUCACCACCAUCUCUUACUUGAACUUGGCCGUUGCAGACUUCUGUUUCACCUCCACUUUGCCAUUUUUCAUUGCCUCCAGGGCCAUGGGAGGGCACUGGACAUUUGGCUGGUUUAUGUGCAAGUUCAUAUUUACCAUAGUCGACAUAAACCUGUUUGGAAGUGUCUUCCUGAUCGCCCUCAUAGCACUAGACCGCUGUAUUUGUGUCCUGCAUCCGGUCUGGGCUCAGAACCACAGAACCGUGAGCCGGGCCAAGAAAGUAAUCAUUGUACCCUGGAUUUGUGCUUUUCUCCUUACCUUGCCAGUUAUCAUUCGUGUGACCACAGUUCCUAAUAUACUUGAACCAGGGAAAAGAAUCUGUACUAUUGACUUCUCCCCCUGGACCGAAGACCCUGUAGAGAAGAAGAAGGUACAAGUCACCAUGCUUACUGUCAGAGGGAUCAUCAGGUUCAUCAUUGGGUUCAGCACACCCAUGUCCAUUGUAGCCAUUUGCUAUGGGCUCAUAGCCACUAAAAUGCACAGGCAAGGCCUGAUCAAAUCCAGCCGUCCUCUGCGGGUCCUUUCUUUUGUUGUGGCUGCUUUUUUCCUCUGCUGGUGUCCAUAUCAGAUAGUGGCCCUAAUAGGCACAAUCAGAGUCCGUGAACGCCAGAAUGGUAUGACUCCAAACUUCAUAGUUGCAGUGAAUGUCACAAGCGCCUUGGCUUUCUUUAACAGCUGCCUCAACCCAAUACUCUAUGUCUUCAUGGGCCAGGACUUCAGAGAGAAACUAAUCCACUCCCUGCCAGCUAGUCUAGAGAGGGCUCUAAGCGAGGACUCAGCCCAGACCAGUGACACAGGCACCAACUUGGGUACCAACUCCUCUCUACCUUCUAAAGACAAUGUACAAGCAGUGUGAAGAGAGAGCUCCAACGUUAAGAUUUAUCUGCCUUCAGUUCCCUUGUGCUUUGUAUAGACAUUCUCUGUUGACCUAUACACUCAUUAGAAAAAACCUGAGAUGAAUUUUUGGACUUUUAUUACCUCAACCCAAGAUAGUCAAUAAAGAGAAAAGGCAAGGGGGCUGGAGAGAUGGCUCAGAGGUUAAGAGCAUUGCCUGCUCUUCCAAAGGUCCUGAGUUCAAUUCCCAGCAACCACAUGGUGGCUCACAACCAUCUGUAAUGGGGUCUGAUGCCCUCUUCUGGCCUGCAGACAUACACACAGACAGAAUAUUGUAUACGUAAUAAAUAAAUAAAUAUAAAAAAAGAGAGAAAAGGCAAAAAGAACAUACAUUUUCUUGUUAGUCUGAGAUACUUAUAAAUGACAGCUAGUGCUAUAGUGUUGUUACUAAUACUAUCCACCUCUAGUCCCCUCACAGGAUGUAAACCCACAAAUUCUCCUAAGUGUCCUUCUGUGGCUAACGUGUGUAUGUUUACUUUAGAAAAUGAAGGGAGAAGGGGAAAGACUCCUAACCCUUGAACUGCACAAUUUCCUGAUACUUGUGUUGAAAUAUUUUAAAUAAUUGAAAUAUCAUGUCACUUGCCCUCAUAAGACCAGUGUUUUCCCUCAUGGCUUUCAGUAUAGCUACAACCAAAUUAGUCCAGAUUGUACAGUAUCUGGUACCUGAAGUACCUGCUCCAAGGUGAAUGAACCCAGAAUGGCACUCCAGGUUUUACUGUCAGCAACAGUGAAUAAGAGCCACCCAGCACUCACCACCAUCCCACCAGCAGCCCUCCACCACACACCUGGGUUUGUUGUCAUUUGAGUUCUUUUGAUCUUGACCACUCUGACUUGAGUAAGAUGAAACCUAAAAAUAGUUUCCUGCUAGAUAAGGAUUUUCAACAUUCAUUUCAAUGUUUUGUAACCAUUAGUAAUUCCUCCUUUGAGAAAUCUGUCUUUAAAUUGGGUUGUUUGCUUUCUUGAUGUUUAGCUUUUUUAUUUUUAUUUUACUUAUUUGAUUUUUAGCUCUUUGUAUGUUUUCGAUACUAAUCUGCUGUCAGAUGUCCAGUUGAUAACGAUUUUUUCCCAUUCUGUAGACUGCCUCUGUACUCGAGU